AUGGCGCUGCUUCAUGAGCGCGCUCCGUCCCCGUCUCUGUCCGCCUUCAACUCGCCGCUGUCAGACCCACCGUCCUUUCGCCGCCUGGACGCAGAGACGCCAUGUACCCCCGAGAUGGACCUCACCCCCACGCAGUGUGUCCUCCGCAACGUCCUGUCCAUCAACACCGUGGACCCAGGGGCCAGUGAGGGCCCCAGAGAAGGACACACUGAUGGCCCCAGUGAGGGCCCCAGAGAGGGCCCCAGAGAGGGCCAUCCCUGUGAGGAGCCACACGAGCACUUUGCCAACAGUGUCCUGAAGCUGCAGGACUGUGAUGGGAGCCCCUGCAGGACGGGGGGCCCCUGCAGGACGGGGGAGGGACAGGACGUGAUGGUGCGAAACCCGGGGGACGCCCGGCUGCAGUGUCAGUCCUCUGGAGGAGGGGGCUUCCUGGAGGGACUGUUUGGGUGUUUGAGACCCGUCUGGACCAUGAUCGGAAAAGCCUACUCCACAGAACACAAGCACGAUCUGGACGAAGCCUGGGAGGUGCCCUUUGAGGAGAUCUCGGACCUGCAGUGGGUGGGCAGCGGGGCACAGGGGGCAGUGUUUCUCGGGAAACUGCACGGACAGGAAGUGGCCGUGAAGAAAGUGAGGACCAUCAAAGAGACGGACAUCAAACACCUGCGGAAACUGAAGCACCCGAACAUCAUCACCUUCAAGGGCAUCUGCACCCAGGCGCCCUGCUACUGCAUCAUCAUGGAGUACUGCGCCCAAGGCCAGCUGUACGAGGUGCUGCGCGCAGGACGCAAGAUCCACCCGUCUCUGCUGAUGGACUGGGCCAUGGGGACGGCCGGCGGGAUGAACUACCUGCACCUGCACAAGAUCAUCCACCGAGACCUCAAGUCCCCCAACAUGCUGAUCACCUACGACGACUCGGUGAAGAUCUCCGACUUUGGAACGUCCAAAGAACUCAGUGACAAAAGCACCAAGAUGUCGUUCGCUGGGACCGUGGCGUGGAUGGCGCCGGAGGUCAUCCGCAACGAGCCGGUCUCUGAGAAGGUGGACAUCUGGUCCUUCGGUGUGGUCAUGUGGGAGAUGCUGACUGGAGAGGUCCCGUAUAAAGACGUAGACUCCUCCGCCAUCAUUUGGGGCGUGGGCAACAACAGUCUGCAGCUGCCGGUCCCAGACACCUGUCCAGACAGUUUCAAACUCCUGCUGCGACAGUGCUGGAGCUGUAAGCCGAGGAACCGCCCGUCGUUCCGUCAGAUCCUGCUCCAUCUGGACAUCGCCUCCGCAGACAUUUUGUCCACUCCACAGGAAACAUACUUCCAGACACAGGUCCAGUGGAGGGACGAGGUCCGACACCAUUUUGAGCAGAUCAAGUCUGAAGGAACCUGUCUGCACCGACUGGACGAGGAACUCAUCAAGCGCCGCAGGGAAGAACUGAGACACGCCCUGGACAUCAGAGAACACUACGAGAGGAAACUGGAACGAGCCAAUAACCUUUACAUGGAACUGAACGCCAUCAUGCUCCAGCUGGAGGUCAAAGAGAAGGAGCUGCACAAGAGAGAGCAGUCUCUGGAUAAGAAAAACCCCGGACUCUUCAAACAUCAGCGACUCUCCACUUCCUCAAACUCCAUCGACAAACUCCUGAAGAAACGAAACGUCCCCCAGAAGCUGAACAGCAAGAGACCGGACUUACUGAAGUCCGAGGUGAUCCUCCCGAAGCUGGACUCGUCUCUGACGCAGGUCUCGAUCCCGAACAAAGGCCCCACGUCUCCGGGCCGCUCUCGCCGAGGGAAGCCUCGCUACAGGAAGGCGGGGAAAGGCAGCGGCGAGCUGGCUCAGCUCAAGGCCUCACUCUCCUCCUCGUUGGCCGUGGUCAACAGCACCUGCUCCAGCACCAAGCACCUGUUGGACCGAAGUGCUGCGCUCAAGGGUCUUCAACACGACCUUCUGCUCAAGAAGAUGUCCUCCUCCAGCCCAGACCUCAUCUCCACCACUCUGCAGGCCGACCAGCUGAAGGCGGGCCAGAGGUCUUCAGGUCUGGACAGUGGUCCUGAGGGUCCUGGGGGUCCUGGGGGUCCUGGGGGGCCUCGGGGGCCUCCUCGGGGGGUCGCAGUCGGAGUGAGGACGGAUGAUUUAGUCCAAACUCCUCACAGCGAGACCCUCAGUGAAGACGCAGGCUCCAUCCCCUUCUCCAGCAGUCCAGACUCUCCGUGUGGGCGGGGCGCGGCCGGCAGGACCUCUGUGCUGGGCAGUACUCGAGUACAUGAGUACUCUGUGCUGGGCAGUACUCGAGUACAUGAGUACUCUGUGCUGGGCAGUACUCGAGUACAUGAGUACUCUGUGCUGGGCAGUACUCGAGUACAUGACGGAGACGACAAAGAAGAAGGAGCUGUGACCACUCGCUCUCCCAGGAGUCAGAGGCUCACGCCUGCAGCACGACUCUACAGGGCAGCUGUGACCCGCAGCCAGAGACGAGGCUUGUCGUCCGAGGAGGAGGAGGGAGAAGUGGACAGUGAGGUAGAGUUGCCACGGAGACGGCGCACCAUGAGCAUGACCAAGUGUCAGUCCGUGUCCACGUUCAGUUCUGAAAACCUGUCGGUGUCUGACGGAGAAGAAGGAAACACCACAGACCACUCCCACAGCGGGACGCCCGACGUGGUCAGCACCAACACUGACGACCUCCUGUCUCAGGGCUCCGAGAUCCCAGCGGACCCCUGUGACCCCACCCUGGGCUCCGACCCCACCCUGGGCUCUGACGGUCUCUCAGAGAAGGAGGCGGUGCUUAGGCAGGUCAAGAGUCAGCUGGCUUCAAACGACCACCAUUACGAGGGCCUUUACGAUGACUCAGACUGUGACAGCACGGAGCUGGACCAGGACAGACCCUGA